UGGCACAUUGGACGAUUCUGUUACAGCAGCGGCUUUGUUAAUCGAUUCGGCUUCAGCUCGGAAGCUGCUUGAGUAUUUCCCUGAGAAGCUUGUCCACUCGCGGCAGAGAAUCAGCAUUAAAAGAGCGCCAGUGAGAAAUAUUCAAAUUCUGUUAUCACUGCACCUCACUCAAGCUGACAUGGACAGCACACCGGUGACCAAGAGUAUCCUAUAUGGAAAUGACUACAAAACCCACUUCGAUGCAAAGUUCUACCUGAACACCUAUCACAGUGAGGUCCAACCGUUUUCUUCCAAGCUGCUACAAAUGGUCCACGAGCUUGUAGCUACAGCUCAGAUUCCGUCGGGAGGCAGACUUCUCAACGUCGGAUGCGGCCCGAGCAUCUAUGCUGUCAUUUCCCCCGGAAGUCGAUGCUCAGAGAUCGUUUUCUCAGAUUUCGCACCGCAGAAUGUUGAUGAAGUUCGAAAAUGGGCGAAUAAUGACCCGGAUGCUCAUGAUUGGAGACCAUAUUUUGAACAUGUGUGUCAGUUGGAAGGAAGGCGUGACGAAUGGGAAGCGCGACAAGACCACAUCCGCCAAGCGACCAAACAUGUCGUAUCAUGUGACGUCCAUCAGGAGAACCCAUUGGCUCCCUUGGUCUUCGAACCAUUUGACGUCAUUGUCUCCAGCCUGUGUUUGGAAUCAGCGUGCCUUGAUGAAACAUCAUUCAGGAGUGCCGUAAAAAACGUGGUUUCACUACUAAAACCGGGCGGACUUUUUUUCCUUGACGGGCUUCAGGAGAAAACCUCCUAUGAGGUUGGAAAUAUGAACUUUCAUAAACUUCCCAUAAACAACAAAAUUAUCAAAAGCGCCUUCAAGGCCGCUGAUCUGACGAAUCUACGUUGGUCAAAAGACAACAAGCAUGGAACUGAUAACAAUGCCAACACGGGCCAGCGGGCGGCCGAUUUUGGUUUGUUCGCGGUUAGAGCCACCAAAGUACCUCGAUAUAACAUUGUUGAGGACUUCUAGCUUUCAACCAAAUAUAUAUAUCAUGUAGGUUCCUAUGCACUGCCCAUAUCAAGUGCCUAUAACACUGAAAAGUAACGUUGUACAAUUCGUCGAUGGCCAAUCAGCAAAUUUUUCAUUUUGAGAGAACUCAACUUAAAGAUUCUGUUUAGUUUGAAUGACUCUGGAUUGGACGCAUUGCCCUAUAUUUUAUUAUGAAAACUGCUUUGAAUAUCACGAUAUUGGUGUUUAAGUAGAUAUGGGUAGUAGAACCUAGACGACGCUGUUGUCUCAAUUUCAGAAAAAUUUGUGAAAUCAUCGACGAAUUAUAGGUCUGUGUGCAGUAUAUUGUCAGCAUCGUUCUACACUCUGACGGCUAUACAUGUAUUUGUUCCGCUUUACCUUUUAUGAUUCUAAGAUAAAAUCUUAUUAAGUUUUUUAUAUGUCUACGUGUACAGUCUACGUCUGCAGACUAUUAAUAUUAGGUUUGGCCAUGAAAUAGAGAGAAAUGAAGAAAUAAAAAUUCCCGAACACUAAUUUCAA